AAAUCCUAAUAAAAUCCAUUUUUGAAAAUAAGUUAGGUUGGUAAUUCGCAAUCUGUUUUUCUUACUUAGUGAAUUUAAUUUGAGAUCUCUGGAGAGAUAAAUAUAAAAUCCCCAUAUUUCUCUCCUUGUGUUUCCCUCCCGAGUCCAGCCAAGUCUCCCAGCUCUCUCGUCAACUCACAUACAACAAUACAAAUCGUCACUGCCGAAGGCCCAAAGCUAAACACACACACAAACAACGCAACCCUCUGCAAAAUCACAAAAUCAUAGUUUUCUUGCUCUCAAACUGAAAUUGCUGCUUUGCGUUUUUUGUUUUGUUUUUUAAUAUUUUGUAUUAUUUCUCUCACGCUAAUUGUGCCCCGAGAUCACCAAGUCCUGCAAGUGCUUUUUCGCGUGAUUCUCAGCUUCUGAACCACUUUUCUCUACAGCAGAUCUUGCUCAGCUAUUCAACUAUAUGAGAUCAGCUAUCGCUUUGUACUUGCAGUUCAUUUUUCCGUGAAUUUAUAGUCAGAAGCUUGUAAAUAACAUGGGAACCCUUUCACGCAGUGCGGGUGGUAGAAAACCAAACGAGACUAUGAGGCUUAUUGUGACAACUUUUGUAGGAGUAGUUUUUGGAUUCUUGAUAGGUGUAUCCUUUCCAACCUUGUCAUUAACAAAGCUGAACCUCUCGUCCAGCCUUCUUCCAAAUGUUGAUCUGUCGUACAAUGAGGACCAGAAAUCAGACAUCUCCAGGCAAACAAUUCUAAAUGCUUGGUCUUCUACGAGGAGUAAUAAUAGCUCAACUAAAGCUCAGAGUUCAAAUGGUACAGGAAGGAUUUGGGUGCCGUCAAAUCCUAGAGGUGCAGAAAGACUACCACCAGGAAUUCUUGCAGCUGAGUCAGACUUCUACUUGCGCAGAUUAUGGGGCAAGCCCAGUGAGGACUUGACCAUCAAACCAAGGUACCUUGUAACAUUCACUGUGGGUUUGAAUCAGAAAAAGAAUAUUGAUGCAGCAGUGAAAAAGUUUUCAGAGAACUUUACAAUUCUUCUUUUUCAUUACGAUGGCCAAACAACUGAAUGGGAUGAGUUUGAGUGGUCUGAGCGAGCUAUACAUGUUAGUGUCCGUAAGCAGACUAAAUGGUGGUAUGCCAAGCGAUUUUUGCAUCCUGACAUUGUGGCCCCAUAUGACUACAUAUUUAUCUGGGAUGAAGACCUGGGAGUCGAGCAUUUUAAUGCAGAAGAAUACAUAAAACUUGUGAGGAAGCAUGGCUUGGAGAUUUCACAGCCUGGUUUGGAACCCAACAAGGGCUUAACAUGGCAGAUGACAAAGAGGAGAGGCGAUCGUGAAGUGCACAAACAAACAGUGGAAAAACCUGGCUGGUGCACUGACCCACAUCUGCCUCCAUGUGCAGCGUUUGUUGAAAUCAUGGCUCCAGUAUUUUCUAGAAGUGCCUGGCGCUGUGUGUGGCAUAUGAUUCAGAAUGACUUGGUCCAUGGUUGGGGUCUUGACUUUGCCCUGAGAAAAUGUGUAGAGCCUGCGCAUGAGAAGAUAGGAGUGGUAGAUUCUCAGUGGAUUGUUCAUCAAACCGUUCCUUCACUUGGAAGCCAGGGUGAACCGCAAAAUGGAAAAGCACCAUGGCAAGGGGUGAGGGAAAGGUGCAGAAAGGAAUGGACAAUGUUCCAGAUGCGCGUAGCGAAUGCGGAAAAUGCGUAUUUUAAGGCCAUUGGGGUUGAUCCUUCCAAUUCGACAACCCAUUAGGAAGAGCAAUGAUGACAAGACGGUGACAGAGCUGCUGUAUACAAUCAAUGAUCAUGACCACUAUCUCGCUUAGAGUUUUACAUAAAUUUGUAAAAUCCGUUAUAAUCGCCAUAUUCAUUAAUUGACAGUCACAGUUUUAGGCCUCAAGUAAAACACGACGUCAAUUAAGAGUUUCAGUGCUUAGUGACCUCUACUUUGAGUGGGGUGCAACAUAUUAUUGUUAGAGAUAUGUGCUUGUUAAUUAAAAAUAUACUAUAUACCAAUAAAUUCGAAUUUUAAAGAGCC